AUGAAAUUAGGAUGUAAUGAAAUAAUGAUAACAUCAAUUUAUUUUGAUAGUAUUAAUGAUUUUAUUAAUUUGGAAAUGGGUGUUAAAAGAUUUCAAGGAAAUAUGGAACGAUUUCACUUUAAUCCAAUUCCUUUAAAUGAAUAUUCAAGAAGAUUCUUUCCUAAUAUUGAAACGUUUCACAGUUAUGAUACAAACGAUGAAAUAUUUAAUGAUGGCAGAAUACUUAAAAAAGUAAUAUGGUAUACAAUAGAUUAUUCAGAAUAUUUAAAAGAAAAAGAACAAGGAAAUAUAUGUAAAAAUAUAGAAUAUACAAAAGAAGAUAGAAAUGGAUAUGGGACUACAAUACCACCAGAAGUUACAAUACUUGGAAGUGAAUGUUUUAAAUAUUGUUUUGAAGUGAUAAGAGUUGAUGUACUAAGAAAUGUCAAAAAAUUAGGAGAUAAUUGUUUUGAAGGAUGUUCAUUAACAUCAAUUAAUAUACCAACAACAAUAACUAAAAUAGGAAAAGGAAGUUUUAGAAGUUGCAGGUCAUUAGUAUCAGUUACUAUACCAACAACAGUUAGUAAAAUAGAGGAUGAAAGUUUUCAGGAGUGUUCAUCAUUAACAAGCAUUGGUUUACCAACUUCUAUUAAAGAAAUAGGGUGUAAAAGUUUUGGUUAUUGUAGGUCGUUAAAAUCUAUUAUUAUACCGACAAGUGUUAAUAAAAUAGGGGAUGAGAGUUUUUAUAGAUGUUUAAGGUUAAAUAAUAUUAAUAUACCAAAGGGUAUUAGUAAAAUAGGAAAUAAUUGUUUCGGCGGUUGUACUGAAUUAAGCAAUAUAGGUAUAGAAGAUGUAAAAUAUGUAAGUGAAGAAAGGAUAUUUGUUAAUGAGCCAACACUACUAAGCUUUAAAACAUUUGAAGAGAUAAAAGAAAUUAAUGGAGAGCGUAUAGAAAAGAGAGACAUUAAUUCAAUUAAUAUAUCAAGAAGAAAUAAUAAAAUAGGGGAAUAUUGUUUUUAUGGCAUUUCAAGAUUAACAAGCAUUAAUAUACCAACAAAUAUUACAGAAAUAGGAUAUAGAUGUUUUAAAGAAUGCAUAGGAUUAAAAAGCAUUAAUAUACCAACAAGUGUUAGUAAAAUUGGAAAUGACUGUUUUGAUGGUUGUACAACAUUAAGCAGCAUCAACAUACCAACAAGCAUUAGUAAAAUAGAAGAUGGAAGUUUUAAUUGUUGUUAUUCAUUAACAACAAUUAAUAUACCAACUUUGAUUAAAGAAAUUGGAAGGUAUUGUUUUAACAAAUGUACUGGACUAAAAAGAGUUGAUAUACCUAUAGGCAUUAGUAAAAUAGAAGAUGGAAGUUUUUAUGGAUGUUGUUCAUUAAAAACAAUUGACAUCCCAACGACAGUUAAGGAAAUAGGAUGCCAAAGUUUUAGAGGAUGUUCAGGAUUAGAAAGUAUUAAUAUACCAUCAAGUGUUAGUAAAAUCGGAGGAUAUUGUUUUGGAGGAUGUUCGUCAUUAACAUUAAUUAAUAUACCAACAACAAUAACAAGAAUAGAAUAUAAUUGUUUUGAAGGAUGUUCAGAAGAGAUAAGAAAGAAAGAAAAAAUAAGGGAGUUAUAUCCUAAGGAAGAAGGACAUUGUAACGUUGUUUAA